UGCGGAAGUGUCAUGGCGCCGUACGUCAUGCAUUGUCAGAAGCAACACUAGCACCAAACAACUCUUAUUGCUUCUUCUCCUAAAGUCUGGACUUGAACAUCUAAAAAGGACAUUGGAGGAACCAUAGCUUUAGGAUGGCAGAGUCAGGCUCAGGUAACCCCAGUGGUCAACGUGUGCCAGCGACCCCCGGAGGGAGCGCCACGGGACUCCUGAUGGGCCGCCGCACCCCCGCCGCCCUCUCUGCUGGCCGCCUCCCCUCAAUGCGCUCCAGAGACCUCACCCUGGGGGGAGUGAAGAAGAAAACCUUUACACCCAACAUUAUUGGCCGGAAAGCAAAAGAAGAAACAAAAGAUGAAGGCGGGCGGGGGAGAGACAGGAAGGAUGCGGGUCGCGGUCGGGGUCCGAGAGACAGAGGCAGGGGCCGAGGUCGCCCAGAGGUCAUCCAGUCCCACUCUAUCUUUGAGCAGGGGCCUGCAGAGAUGAUGAUGAAAAAGAAAAGUGGCUAUGAAAAUGAGAGAGAGGCUCCCACCGUUGGACCUUCACCCAUCAUCAAUAUUAAAAAAGAGAAGAGAGAGACGGAGGAAGAGACAAAAGAGAUUCUGGCCAAGUUGGAGAGAGAUACCUUUAUAGACGACCCCUUCCUGAGGAGUGAGCAGAGGAGCUGCCCUGUCCAGCUUCCCCUCGCUGUUUCUGGAUGGGGAUUCACGGAGGAAUUUACUAAAUCUCCCGUUAAAAUUGAGAAGGUGGAGGAUGAGGAUGAUGAUGAUGAACCCAUGGAACAUGCAGUUGAAGUGAAACAGGAGCCGGCGGAAACCGAAAUAAAGAAAUCAGAAUCAAUGUUCAGGCCCCCUCCUCUCCCUGAGCCGGAGUUUCUUCCCGACCUGCUUCAUAAAUGGAGUUUGGGGAAAGGAGAGGAGCUGUUCUUCAUGCAGAUGCCCGACACCCUGCCCGGCCAGCCGCCGACCAUGGAGCACAGACCGGUGAAAACAGAGGUGCAGUCGGAGGACGGGCAGUCUGUGCUUCUGAAAACAGAGUCUCAGGAGGAGGAAGCUGAAGAAAACAACUGUAAUCUGAAAGACCUGCGGGAGGGUCUCGUGGGAAAGAUGCUGGUGAGGAAGUCCGGCCGGGUCCAGCUCAUUCUGGGACAUGUGACUCUGGAUGUGUCGCUAGGAACAUCCUGCUCUUUCCUUCAGGAGCUGGUCUCUAUUCGCUCCGAGGGAAGAACGGGUGACCUGACUAUAUUAGGGAAUGUCAAACACAAAAUGGUUUGUUCCCCAGACUUUGAGUCUCUGCUGGAGAGCCGUGCUUGAUGCAUGUCACUGAGCCCUCUGGAUGCACUUGUGGUGGGUUGUGAUGUUGACAAGACGUUCACGUUUGAUCCUUUGGAAACUGACAUCAAAUACAAGCAGUGUGGUCAUUUAUUGUGCUUCUGUGUUUUCAGACUGGCUAACAUAAUAUUGAAAUACACUAACUAUAUAUAUAUGAAACGUAUGAAGUUUUUGUGGAAAAGGCAUAUAAAUGCAAGGUCAAAGGUUUAAUGGUCUGCCAAAUCAGCACUGUUUUCAUUUCUUCAUAUCUGAGAAUACUUGAGAAGACUGUACAUGGAUGUAAAUGUGUGAAUAAAAAAAAGUAUUUGUUAAUCCAG